AUGAAGACAGUCGCAUAUCGUGGCCUGGAGACUGGCAGUCGAUACUUCACCUCAUAUGUCGUUGGCAACGGUGAUGUUCGCUUCGUCUUCACGUCCCCUAUCCGUUCACACAAUUAUCUCCCCGAGGACGAGCCUAUCUCCGAGUCUGAGAAGGCGCUUCUCAAGGAGGCUCAUGAUCACCUCGAGAGACAUGGCGAUGCCGUAAAGGACGUUGCCUUCGAGGUGGACAAUGUCGAUGCUGUCUACUACCGAGCUGUUGAGCAGGGUGCCAACUCAGUCCAACCGCCUCAGACGAUCAAAGACAAGCAGUUCGGCAGCGUGACCACGGCUGUUAUUCGCACAUACGGUGAUACCACGCACACCUUGAUCUCCCGAGAGAACUACACCGGUCCUUUUCUCCCGGGCUUCCGCGCUGUCGAGCAGAAGCCUUCGGCGAUCGCCUUGCCAGACGUUAACAUGGCCCGUAUCGACCACUGCGUCGGCAACCAAGACUGGAACGCCAUGGUUGCUGCAUGCGCAUUCUACGAACAGUGCCUGUCCUUCCACCGCUUCUGGUCGGUCGAUGACAGCCAGAUCAGCACCGAGUUCAGCGCCCUCAACUCGAUCGUCAUGGCCUCGGAAAAUAACAUCGUCAAGAUGCCCAUCAACGAGCCGGCCCCCGGCAAGAAACGCUCGCAGAUUGAGGAGUACGUUAUCUUCAACAGCGGCGCCGGUGUGCAGCACAUCGCCAUCCUGACUCCGGACAUCAUCAGCUGCGUGUCGGCGCUGCGCGCCCGCGGCGUGCAGUUCAUUGACGUCCCCAUCACGUACUACGAUACCAUGCGCCAGCGCCUCAAGACGGAGAAGCGCAACUGGGAGCUGCAGGAGGACUUUGCGACCAUUGAGCGCCUCAACAUCCUCAUCGACUACGACGAGCAGGGCUACCUCCUGCAGCUGUUCACCAAGCCGCUCAUGGAUCGCCCCACAGUCUUUAUUGAAAUCAUCCAGCGCAAUGCGUUCGAGGGCUUCGGUGCUGGCAACUUCAAGAGCCUGUUCGAGGCUAUCGAGCGUGAGCAGGCGGAGCGUGGUAAUCUGUAG